UCAAUUCUAUCGUGUUUUUUACUUUUUUUCCACAUAUUAAUACUAAAAAACUCAAAAAUAUUUGGGUCGCUUCCUACAAUUUGUUCUUUUAAUUCAUCUUCAUCGUUCUUAGUUUCAAAAUUCAUUCAAUUUUAAUAACAAAAAAAUAUAUUUCCCAAUUCAGUCACAAAAUUUCUUUAAAAAAAACUUAAAAAAGCCACGCGAUCGAGUGUUUUAUUUGGAUCAUCAAGAGGUUUUUUGUCAUUCUAAUAAAAUAAAAUCAAGGAAAAAGUCUGGGUACCAUGGAUUCGUCCCAAAUCACAAUCACACCAUCCCGCGAUUCGCCAAAGAAUAUUUUGAAUUUGCUCAACGACGAAUGCAUUCAAGCAAUUCUGCGUAAAUUAACGAACGUCGGUGAUUUUUUGAGUGCCGCCGAAACGUGUACACAAUUUCAAGAGAAUGCAAAACAAUGUUAUCCGCCGGAAUUCAAAGAGUUUUCUAUUGAUAAUGAGUACAUCAAAUGGAAGCAUCCACUCUCUAUAAAAUGUGCGCCAAGUUUUCUACGGAUCUUUGGGCAUUUAAUCCAGUCUUUGGAAUUAAAAUACAAUGGUGUCGAUCAGAAGGAAAAAGAAAAUUACACCAAAGUGCUCAAAAUGAUUGAAAAUCACUGUGGUCGUUCAUUAAUCGAAUUGGUUGUCAAUGGUAUUGACAUAAGUUCGACUAAUUUCUCCAAGUUCCAUGUUUUAGAAAAAUUGAAUAUCUCAUGUUGUUCAAUGAUUGCCAUGGAAUUGCCACUAAAGCUAAAGGUAUUAAAAUUGAAUUACGUCAAAUGCGAAGAAAAAUUCGAAUGGCAUCAAAACCAUGCAAUACAUUUAGAAGAGGCUGAAUUUUACAAUGUCGAUUAUCUUGAAGACUCCACAUUCAUCGAAUUUCUAAAGUUCAAUUCGCAAUUGCAACGUUUGACGAUAAAUCAUUGUGAUCAUUUGACACCGUCCGUAUUCGAGGAAAUCAGUAAUCUGGUUCCAGAUUUGAUUGAAUUGAAUAUUGGCAUAAGACCCAUUUUUGGAUAUCAUUACAAUGGUUUGGUGACACAAUUGGGAGAAUUGAGACAGUUGAAAUGCUUAAAUUUCAUCGCAUACAAUCAAUCGAUAACAUCACUUAUCAAUACACUUGCAUGGAACAACCUACCAAUAGAAGAUCUAACAAUCAACGAUGCACGCUUUGAGCUCGAAGAUUUAUUGAAGUUGAAACAACUCAAACGAUUGGAAUUCAGCCGAUGUACGACAAUUUCGAGCGAUGUAUUUGUGAAAAUAGUGAAGAAUUUGCCGGUUUUGACGAAAAUUCAGAUUAAAUCGAACAUCAGUCCACAUGAACUAAUUAAAGCACUCGAAUACGGCAAACAUUUGAUUGAACUCAAAAUUUUCACGUUCGACAUGCACAUCGACUUACAUACGUAUGAAUCGAUUUUGAUGCUAAUCAAAGGCCAGCUUGAACUCACUGUCUACGACGGAACAAUUGAUGUGGACGAUGACAUUUUGGUGAAAAAUAUACUUUCGCUAUUUAAUUGGAUUCACUGUGUAAUUUGACGUUAAAAUGUUUUGCGAUGCACUAAUACAGAUAGUUCCCAGUAAAAAAAAGACCAAAUCGGUUGCGAAAGUAAUAGAUGAUCGCCCGCUUAAAAAAUUUCCAUUAACUGAGCUAAACAUCCAAUGCUUACACGAGAUCUUCAACUGGUUACGAAUUGAAGACUUAUUAAAACUUCGGCGAACUAGCUGGGAAAUGAAAUUUUUAGUUGAAAUUUACAUCAUACGAUGCUAUCCAAAAUUCGGUCGAUUCAGAAUGAAUAAUUUGAAUUAUAAGAUUUUAUGUAAAAUAGAUGCCGGAUCACUUAAACUGUUUACUAAAAUUGAAAUGGAAAAAACCGUUUUCCAAAUUUUUGGCAUAACGCCAGAUGUUCUAUUUUCAAAAAUGUCGAAAGCUCUCAAGCAUAUCGAAAUGGUUAGCAUUGACGAAUUCAAUUUUAAAUCAUUUGACAUUUUUCAUGUUCUAAAUUAUUGUAAAAAUAUUAAAUGUAUUAAAAUAACUGGACGUGCGAUAAAAAGAAAUUUCAAAUUGUCAAGUCGCCGAUAUCCGACCCUUGAACACGUCGCCCUUUAUGUUGGCCUAUUUGACCGACAUGUUUAUGGAAUUUCAUCUAUUGGACGAUUUUUCCGUGAAAAUCCACAGAUUCAUACAUUUUCCACUUAUGGCAUACAUCUUGAUGAGUAUGAAAGACGAUUGGCAAAUGCGGGCAUCAAAUUUGAUCAGCUGACUAUAAGCCAUCAUGAGAUGACUGAUGAAAUUUUUGAAAAAUUGAAAAAAUUGCACGAUAAAGGAUUUUAUCGGCGUUUACAUUUUUACGGUUACAAGGCGACUGAUGAAAUAAAUGCAGAUUAUUUAAAUAUUGGAUUGGAAAAGUUGUGUGUUAUGGGUAUUCAUUGUGAUCUGCCACCGUUUCCAGAUUUGAAAGAAAUCAGAUUCGAUUAUUUUACGCAUCCAAGUAAUUUUGAAAAUGUACGCCAUAGCUUGGAACGUAUCCAUUUACGAACCAUGCAUAACUUCAAUCGCCUUGAGUGGUUUAUAUGCCAUUUCCCAAAAGUAAAACACAUUGGAAUCAGUAAUGUGACAUUUAAAAAUAUUUAUAGACAUAUAUACAUAUAUAUGGAAGGUGUCAUCGAUUUACCAGCACUAAACAAAAAACGAGAAAAAUUGGAAGGAGCAUGCAAGACGACCAUUUAUGCACAAGAAGACAUUUACUUGGCCACAAAAUCACAAUUCGAUCAAUUAACAUACAGUAUGAUUGAACUGAAACGAGAACAGACAUUUGAUUGGAAACAUGAGUGGUUGGAGCACAAGGGAAAUAAAAAUUUGCCUAGAUAUGACGGAGAUAAAAGCUAUACAACAAUGAUAUUAAAAGGCGCUAUAACGGCGAUCACUUCAAUCAUUACUUUAUUCGAUAUGUAUAUUGCUUUAUUUGAAUUUUUAUGAUAAAAUACUAAAAUUAAGUAAUUAAUAGGAAUUCUUGUCUAAUACAAAAUAAACUGCUUGCGAUUUUUUUACUUCUGAAAAA